AUGCUUCACUUGAUUGACGAUUCUGGUCAUCUGAAAUCCAAAGAGGAGCUUUCUGAGUUCUUGAGUACUGUUCUUUGGAAAGAUGAUGUCAGCAAUGACAAAGCUAAUCGCUCCUUGGCUUCAAUUGGAGCUAAUUAUCAUGUUGUCGGAGUCCUCGGUGCACAAAGCAGCGGUAAAUCUACGCUCCUGAACUAUUUAUUCAAAACACAAUUUCAAAUGCUAGACGAAUCUGUACGUCGGGGCCAAACCACCAAAGGAGUAUUUCUUUCACGCGCCGAUCUGGGAUCAGGAGCCAGCGACAGCCAAGUCUCGACGGGCGCCCCGUUGCUGGUUGUAGACUUUGAGGGAACGGACGGCCUCGAGCGCGGUGAGGAUCAGAGUUUCGAGCGUCAGUUAUCCCUUUUUGCCCUUUCUAUGGCGGACACACUGAUUCUUAACAUGUGGGCUGUAGACGUUGGUCGCUUUAACGCUGCCAACUUGAGCCUCCUCCGCACCAUAUUCGAGAUAAAUUUGCAGCUUUUUUCACAUGAAGGCUACGAGAAGGACGAAAAGCCGACGUUACUAGUUGUACUACGCGACUUCACUGAAGGUGAUCUCAAGCCAAGCUUGGUGACACUCCAAAAGUCUUUUGAUACAAUCUGGGAGAAUGUCGUCAAGCCGCCCCGAUUUGCUGAUUCCAGCAUUGCUGAUCUUUUCAGUUUCAAAUAUUUUGCGAUGCCACAUCUCAAGCUUCAAAAAAAUGAAUUCACUCUCAGUGUUUCAGAACUUCAGAGCUGGUUCUGUGAUUCACAAAGAGAAGAUUUUUUGUUCAAAUCUCAGUCCAUGUUCCGUGGCGUUCCGUUGGAAGACUUGCCGUCGUAUCUGACUAGCUGUUGGGAGACCAUCCUCAAGAGCAGGGAUCUUGAUAUUCCAACUCAAAGGGAGAUGCUUGCUUAUCAUCGCUGCAAGGAUGCUAAAGCAAGUGUGUUCACAACCUUUCAAGAGUUCUGCCAGGGGUGUGAGGAGCGCAUCCGCCGCGAUGGCGCGUCGAUGAUACUUUCAGGGUGUUUAGAAGAAGAAAUGGUGAAUUGCAUGGGGGAAUAUGAGCGCCAGACGAAGCUGUACAGAAGUGAGGUUGUCGCUUCCUACGAAAUGGAGCUAGAGAAGGAUAUGGUGAAUGCAGCAAUAAAGGUGCUGGAUCGCGUGUGCGUACCUAUAUCUACUGACGUCCUCAACAACAUAGAAAAACAUAUUCAAAAGGCCGUUGAUAGCGAGAUGAAUCAGCUUCUUGAAUCUGCCCAGGCACUCCCCUUUGUCGCGGCCAGCAGUCAAAGAGCUGAGGACGAGUUGGGGGGUGUCGAAGGUAGCACAACGGCAUCGCCUUCUUCUAUUGCCAGCACCACCUUCCGCAUGGACGGAGCCGGCUGCCAAGACCUUGAGUUUCAGUUCUGGAAGGGAGUGGCUCGCGAGGUGAAUCGGGUCUUGGCCGUGUUGGACAACAGUUCUGCAUCGCCCCACUUGUUUGGCCGCCAUGCAGCGCUGAUUGAACGAGAUCCUGCAACUCGAGCAUACGUUGUAAGCUUGGUGACUAGAGCAGUUCUUAAGAAGCUAAAGUUUCGCAUUUCGUCUAUGUCUGAAAACGCUUCCGAGACCAUGCAUCGCGGGUUUGUACACUGCUUGUCUCACAACGCUGGCGGCACUGUAAAGUUUUUUUCAACUGCAAGAGGUCUUAUGCAGGCUGUACCUUCUGCCCAGCAGGCAGGUCUUGUUCAGCUUGGCUGCUUCUUGUACUUCCGCCUACAUUUGUCAGAGGCGGCGGCGAAGGAGAAGGCAGAGUCGAAAGGGACCAUUCCCAACUCUUCACUUGGUCCCUUGACACGUUACAUAAAUGCCAAACGGUGCACCGUUUCUGUGCGCCAAAACUCCGGCGAGCAAGAUUUUUUCUUGAAAUAUACAACAUUGCAAGCUUGUCCAAGGUACCCUAGUCACGUGUGCAUUACUGAACCGCCAGUGAGUGAAGAGGAUUUCGAGACAGACAGUGACAGCGUAGUCGCUAGCUGUGUGUUGUUGAACCAAUCCGCAAUGGACAGGGCCUUUGAGUUAUACAAGCAAAAAUGUGAGUUCACUGUUCAACUCGAGAUGCGCUCUAUCGAAGCAGGUCAACAGCACCUUCCAGCGUGGGUAAUUCCAGCCAUAUGCAUUCUGGGGUUCAACGAGUUUUGGUACAUAAUCACGAGCCCUAUUCUGCUUACCAUAUUAAUCUUUGUGAUCUUUUUCUUCUUCAAGGGCUUUUUGAUGCGACAAUGGCAGAUUUUCGAAGAAACAGGUUCACCAAUAAUCGUAAUUCCCUUGAAGACGCUGAUUACGCGGCUGAACACCGUGUAUUGUCUCCUUAUUCCGAAUCCGAGUGUUUCCCCUAAGCAUAUUGCUUCUGCUGCCCAUAGUAGUAAUGUCGCACUAAACGAAGCAGAAGGUUCCAGGGCGGAAGUUCUAACAACGCAGAGGCCUCAGCCUCGUGCCUCUAAUUCUGUGCAUGCCGAUCCGACAUCAGCCUAUCCGGAGCUUAGAGAUCCGCACGUAACAGGUAACCUUCGAAAGCGCAGUGAGCCUAAACAGGACUAG